AUGCCUUCAUGCAGUGCCGCCGAGCGAGCGGAGCUAAAACAGACGGAGCGAGAGCAAAAUAAAGCACAUCCUGGUUCUGGCGGCGGCGGACAGCGCUUCAAAGGCCUCCGAGCGAGAUUCGUCCGCACAGUGCGUGUGCUUCUGCCCAGAAAGAAGUUCAUCUACCACUACAAGAACCUCCGCUGGGCCAGAGGCCGCUGUGACUACCUCUGCUUCGUGAUCAAAAACGAAGCCGGUCUAUCGCUGUCCUUCGACUUCGGACAUCUACGGAACCGCAACCGCUGCCAUGUAGAGGUGGAGGCAACUUUGGCUGCUGUCCUGCGCUACCUGGGAGCCUUGUGUCCUGGUCUCUGGGGUUAUGGAGUCCACCGGACAGAACAGGACCACUACUCCAUCACCUGGUUCUGCUCCUGGUCUCCUUGUGCCGACUGCUCCUUCAGACGCCAGUUCCUCCAUCAGACGCCCAACCUUCGCCUCCGGAUCUUCGUCUCGCUCUACUUCUGCGACAUGGAGACAAGCCGGGAGCGAGAAGGUCUGAGGCUCCUGAAGAGCGGCGUUCAACUAACGGUCAUGAGCUACAAAGACUACUUCUACUGCUGGCAGACCUUUGUGGCUCGGAAUCAGAGUAAGUUCAAACCCUGGGAUGGUCUGCACCAGAACUCCGUCCGUCUGGCCAGAAAACUCAACCGCAUCCUGCAGCCCUGUGAGACUGAAGAUCUACGAGACGCCUUCAAGCUUCUGGGACUGUGAAAACCUCCUGUUGAUCCGUCACUACAACCGCUGAACUGAGAAAUGCGAAAAAAAACUGAGAAAAAAACUGCUUUCAGAUGU